UCUGAGAGACCAAGGGACGAUUGCGUCCAGCUCUUUCAGGCUUCACAUCGACUCUGCAGUGCCCCGUGCGACAAUGUCAGGGUCGCUCCUGUGUGACGGCUGCAACCGCAACCGCGUGCUCAGUGAUGUUCUCGCAUUCGACGGUGAUCUUCUCACGCCUGUCAGCCUCCAGGAAAUCGGCGUUCACCUCUUCCCAGGCGUCUCGCCCUUUGAGUCCCGCCCCGCCGCCAUCAUCACGGGUCUGCUCGCCCAGGGGAAUUCGUCCAUCACCUUGGCCGGCGUCUCCGUUAUCCUCGAACCCUGUAGGUUCCUAUCUUACGCUCCCUAAAUCUACCUACGAUAGUAUCGUCUUGCACCUUCCAGUCUCGUACAACGCCUCCCUUGGCCACUACCUUUGGAACGACUCCUCCCCGCGCUAUAGCCGCAUCGUCGCGUCGGCCUCGGCCCUCACCUUUGCAAUCAUGAGCGCGGCGCGACUAACUCCCAGUCGGCCCCGUCAACGUGCCCUCCCGCCGCCUCAACCUCACGCUUUCGCCGUCAUUCACCGCCGCGCCCGUCCUGUACUUCCCCUGCUUCAACGGCGGC